UCAAAUUCCUGCGAAUAAUCGCGUUAUAUGUGUGUUCCGGGAAAUAUAUCCCGCCUUCUUCUUGCCGCGAAUGGCUAACCAUAUUGUGAGACGCACGCCGAUUGGUUAGAUGAGUUGCCACUUAUUUGUAUUAACCAAUCAUAGCGUAAGGGAGGGCAGAACGCUCUCCGAACAUAAGGAAGGAAGACACGUCGCCGCGUGACGUCAGAGCUAAAGUGGCGAGGCUAGCCGGGGUUGAGAUCUGCGCGUUGUCCCGGUUCUCCCGGAACUCUGAUACACGGACUUUGUGAGUGUGAGGAGAAGCUGAGAGGAGUGAGCUCGUGAGACCGUGUGAGGGACUGCUGGUGGUGGUUCCGGUUCCGGUAUGGGCUCGGUGUUCCGCAGUGAGGAGGUGUGCCUGGCCCAGCUGUUCCUGCAGUCCGGCUCGGCGUACGAGUGCCUCAGUGAGCUCGGGGAGCUCGGGCUGGUCGAGUUCAGAGAUCUCAACCCAAAUGUGAACUCCUUCCAGCGCAAGUUCGUCAACGAGAUCAAGAGAUCAGAGGAAAUGGAGAGGAUUCUGGGAUAUCUUCUGAGAGAGAUCAAGAGAGCCGAUAUUGCUCCGCCCGAGGGUGAGGUGAACCCUGUGGCCCCACUGCCCAAACAUAUGAUGGGAAUUAUGGAGCAACUUCAGCGGCUGGAGCUGGAGUUCAGUGAGGUCAUGAGGAACAAAGAGAAGCUGCAGAAGAAUAUUCUGGAACUGACCGAGUAUUCACACAUGCUACGCAUCACGCGCAACUUCGUGCACCGCACGGUCGAGAGAGAGACAGUGCGGGCUCAGUACGAAGAGUUCCCUUUCCUGGAGAAAGACUCAGCGAUGGACUACGCCAGCAUGCAGCGGCUCGGGGCCAAGCUCGGGUUUAUCUCAGGUCUGAUCCCGAGUGUGAAGAUCGAGGCGUUCGAACACAUGCUGUGGCGAGUGUGUAAAGGCUACACCAUCCUCAGCUACGCCGAGAUCCAGGAGAGCCUGGAGGACCCGAUCACGGGCGAGUCCACGCGCAGUUCCGUCUUCCUCAUCUCAUACUGGGGCGAUCAGAUCGGGCAGAAAGUCAAGAAGAUCUGCGACUGCUACCACUGCCACCUGUACCCGUACCCCAACAGCAACGAGGAGAGGAACGACGUGGUCGAGGGUCUCCGCACACGAAUCCAGGACCUGCACACGGUUCUCCAGCAGACGGAGGACUACCUGAGGCAGGUGCUGAUCAAGGCGUCGGAGUCUGUGUACCCCUGGGUGAUCCAGGUGAAGAAGAUGAAGGCCAUCUACCACAUCCUCAACCUGUGCAGCUUCGACGUCACCAACAAGUGCCUGAUCGCUGAGGUGUGGUGCCCCGUUAACGACCUGCCUGCCCUGCGGAGGGCGCUAGAGGACGGAUCGAGGAAAAGUGGCGCAACCGUUCCGUCUUUCGUCAAUCGCAUUCCCAGUAACGACACUCCGCCCACGCUCAUACGCACCAACAAGUUCACCUCCGGCUUUCAGAACAUAGUGGACGCUUACGGAGUGGGCUGUUACCGGGAGGUGAACCCAGCUCCGUACACCAUCAUCACGUUUCCCUUCCUGUUCGCUGUGAUGUUCGGAGACCUUGGCCACGGGCUCAUCAUGUCCCUCUUCGCCUUCUGGAUGGUUCUGUACGAGAAGGACCGCAGACUGACGAAAACCAGGAAUGAGUUCUUGAGCACGUUUUUCGAGGGCCGCUACAUCAUCCUGUUGAUGGGGAUUUUCUCCGUCUACACCGGGUUCAUCUAUAACGACUGUUUCUCCAAGUCUCUAAACAUGUUCGGCUCGGGGUGGAGCGUCAAGGCCAUGUUCGACCACGGACCGUGGAAGAACGACACACUGGGCUCCAACAGUUUCCUCACACUCGACCCGAAUGUCACCGGCGUCUUUAACGGGCCGUACCCUUUCGGCAUUGAUCCGAUUUGGAACCUCGCAUCAAACCGGCUGACGUUCCUGAACUCCUAUAAGAUGAAGAUGUCAGUGAUUUUGGGGAUUGUUCACAUGAGCUUCGGCGUCGUCCUGGGCGUCUUUAACCACCUACACUUCAGGAGAAAAUUCAACCUCUACCUGGUAUUCCUGCCCGAGCUGCUCUUCCUGCUCUGUCUCUUCGGCUACCUGGUCUUCAUGAUCGUCUACAAGUGGCUGUCCUUCACGGCGAGAGACUCUCAGCGAGCUCCCAGCAUCCUCAUCCACUUCAUUAACAUGUUCCUCAUGCAGGGAGGCCCGGGACAGCCGCUUUACACGGGACAGACAGGACUGCAGGUGUUUCUGUUACUCAUCGCUCUUCUCAGUGUUCCUGUGCUGCUGUUGGGGAAGCCGCUCUACCUCUACUGGCUUCACAAGGGCAGGAAUCGCCUGGGCAUGUACAGGGGAUAUGAGCGUGUACGGCGCAGCAGCGAUGAGGAGAUCUCACUCAUGCGCGCCCAAGAUUUAGAAGAGGGCACCAGCCUGGACAGUCACUCCAGCAGUUCAGACGGCCAAUCAGAAGAGUUCGAUUUUGCAGACGUGUUCCUGCACCAGUCAAUACACACUAUUGAGUAUUGCCUGGGCUGCAUCUCCAACACCGCGUCCUACCUCCGCCUGUGGGCCUUGAGUCUGGCACAUGCACAGCUGUCGGAGGUGCUGUGGGCGAUGGUGAUGCGUGUUGGGCUGCGUGUAGACAACGGCGCUGGAGUGCUGCUCCUCAUCCCUGUAUUCGGCUUCUUCGCCGUCCUGACCAUCUUCAUCCUGUUAGUGAUGGAGGGACUCUCCGCUUUCCUGCACGCACUGCGCCUCCACUGGGUGGAGUUUCAGAAUAAGUUCUACAGCGGUGCUGGAACCAAGUUUUCGCCGUUCGCCUUCUCUUUGCUACACAUGAGCUUCGAGGGCGACGGAUUGCUCUGAACACUGUGACCCUUGCUGCUCAGAGGAGCCGGAGUACUUCUGGAUCAGAUCGAGCCUCGAUGCUGUAGAAUGUUUCCUUUUACUGUACGUGUUCGUAUACAGAGUGGUGCACUGACUGCCUUAAAAGAUCAGCCAAAUAAUGAGACUGUGAACGAGGUUUCCUCUUGUAGAGUUUGUUUUAAUCACCGCCUCUCGACGGCGUCCGGCCUGCCUGAAAGUUCCCUCCAUCUUUCGAACAUUGGGGGAAAUAAAAAAAACAAAAAAAGCGAGCAUCCAUACACUGUUUGUAUGUUUAAUUAGCAUUUUUCUGAGAGAUUGUCUGCCUGGAUCACAUCAGAUGGCAGUGAUCGCAUAAAAGGAAUAUCCCGGCAGAAGAAAUGAUUCAUAAACAUUUCUUAUUUAUUACAUUGAUAUUCCACACACACACACCAUUCAAGUCACAUGCACGCACACACACACCCAAAGGCAGCAGUUUAACCCAUUUUUUAGCGGCUACUUUUAUAGAGUUCACACUCCGAAUGUUUGUCAGAUCUUCGCUGUAUGCUGUAUAUAACGUGCGGAUUAUAUUUUUAUUUUUCUCAAUAAAUAAAACAGUGUGUAUGUGAACACUGUUACCCAACAGUGCCUCAUAAACGUAGCUAAUUACUAAGUCAAACAUAUUUAGCUAGCUCAUUUGUUUUAAUACAGUGAAUAAGGUGAAGUGAUAUUGAUGGUGAAAUUAUCUCAUAAUGUUCAGGAUAUCAACAUUUCCCUCAGAUUUGUUGAUACUUUUAAGAAAAGCCUCCAUUUAAUUAAAAUUACACCUACUGUAUAUUACACU